GAAAAAGAAGAGAGCGCCUUUAAACCCAUCACGUGUUUUUACACACGCGCUUUAAUUCCACGCGCCAGUCGUGAUUACUCAUGGAGCAUGGAAGUCAAAAAGCUCAAAACACCUCCAACGACGAAAUUGUGCCUGCCCACUUGGAAUUGGGAACCGUACUGCGGGGCAUUACCGUAAGCAAAAGUAUCUCUAGUAAAGAAACUGCAGCCGCCGACGGGUUAUCUCUUGGUUCCGAGUAGUUCUUUCUGUGAACCUUCUUUACGUCUAUCAAAUGCCGGCUCAAACUGGGGUUGACUCGGCCGCGGACGGUGCUCUUGAGUGGGCACUCAUAUGCGGGGAGGUGACGCAAGCGAACGAGUCUGUUCCUGCUAUUGAACUGCUGGACCACUUGAAGACCGGAAGCUACGUGGAAGUUUUGAAGUCUGCCACAGCCGUGUCGCUUUUUGGAACAGACUCGAAAGCGGAACAAGACAUUUCGGACUCACCAGAUUUUGGACUGCAUUUGCGGCAACGGACAGAGGCAUUCUUGGCCCCCGAUAACGCCCCAGAAAAGCAACUCCAGGUGCUGGCCGUAGGAGUCGCCUGCCUCUAUGCGUUCUUGCAGCACGGCUGGACUGGUCCAACCCUCGCCAUCGACGCCGCCGAACUGCUGCCUGAAAGCUUCCGAACCCACCGCGAUGUCAUCUCGAAGAGGGCCCUCAGUCUGUUGGCGGAGGACGGCGAAGAGGCGUACUCGUUGACUACAAGUCCCCUCUUUCUCGUCCUCGCCAAAGCGCUUUUGGUCACAAACAUAGAUCUCCUUUCGGCAUUGCACAGUGUGGAUUGGUGGGCGGCACGUGUGCUUUUUGUCCAGCAGAAGCUCUUGGAUGAACCGGCGGACACGUUGAGGACGGGGAUCUAUGAAGCCUUGGAGAGGCAGGGAGAGACAUUGAAAAAGUCUCAACAUUCACGGGAUCUGAUGGCCCGACACAGUCUGGAGUUUGGAUUAGCACAUCACUAUUAUGGAGAGGACUCGAAAGCUGUCCCCUUCUUCAACUCCGCACAAGAGGCCAGUGGCUUCAAAUGGACACUUACAGGGGCGUUAGGGAGGCGCACGAAGUUCCAAACGUUUGACACAUCGCAGCUAGUGAUCAUGGCGGAAAGUGCAGGAGAGACAGCAGCGGCGGGAGCAGAUGACGAAGGUGCUGCUUCCAAACCGAGGCAGUUGGACUUGAACGAUGACACACUGUUGGAGACAAUCGCUUUCACGGACAUCAAGGAGGGUGGGGACGAGCAGCGGCAAGCGAAAGGAUCCCUAAAGCCCAUCGAUCAAUGUAUCCUACUCGCGUUCUGCUUGAACGUGAAGAACCUCAAUCCUGCGGAUGGUCUUACCACGGAAGAGAUGCUGCCCUACGUUCGCCGUGUCCUGGAGAAUCCGAACAACUGGAUGGUCCAUACUAUGGGCCUGCUGCUCAGGUCGCGGUUGGAAAGCAACAAAUCGCGAACGGUCGAACGAGCCGCGCUGCAGCUGCAAGCUCUCGUAGACCAGAUCAAGCUCGAAGAACCUUCUGCGGCGGAAAGGAUGCUGCACAUCUUCUCGAUCGAGCUCCCACCCAAAUGGGAGCUCGAGCGAGAACUGGGCGAACGGUUCGUGUCGAUCGGCGUGACGCGCUCUGCUCUGGAAAUCUUCGAGCGACUGGAGAUGUGGGAGGAUGUGAUCUCCUGUUACCAGUUGCUCGAACAGCCACAGAAAGCCGAGGCGGUGAUUCACGAACAGCUCAAAGUCCAUCCCCGGUCGCCCAAACUCCACUGCAUCCUCGGCGACAUCACGCAAGAUCCCGCCCACUUCGAACUGGCAUGGCAGCUCUCCGACGGGCGGUUCGCCCGUGCCAUGCGUUCCCUCGGCGCCUACCACUACAAACGCGGUGAGUUCGAAAAAUCCAUCGAAUGCUACCACCGGGCCCUCGCCAUCAACUCCCUCUUCGAAAACUCCUGGUUCGUCAUGGGCUGCGCCGCCAUGCGCAUCGAAGAUUUCGACCAAGCCGUGCGCGCCUUCAGCCGCGUGACGACCCUAAACCACGAGAACGGCGAAGCAUGGACCAACCUCGCCUCCGCCUACAUCCGCCAGAAAAAGAAACGCGAGGCCUGGCGCGCCCUCAAAGAGGCCCUGAAACAGCAAUACGACAAUGCGAAAAUCUGGGAAAACUACAUGUUCACCUCCGUCGACCUCGGCGAGUUCCAGGAAGCCAUGCACGCCAUGGAACGCGUGCUCGAACACACCUGGGAUAAGAAACAGGCCGAUAACCAGCCGUCACCGGUGGACGUGCAGGUGCUCGAGAUCCUCGUCGAGGCCGUCACAUCCCCAACCCUCCUUGACGCGCAGGGCCAGCCGGCAUCGAAACACGCCCCAAAAGUUGCGACGCUGCUCACCCGCCUCACCUCAAAGAUAGCCGCUAAUCCGCGCCUGUUUGCAUGCGCUGCCAUCUUCUUCGCCGCAACCGGCUCGUACCGCAAGGCCCUUGAUUUCAGACUCAAGGCGUACCGCGCCCUCCUGCACCAUCCGCGACUCGUUGACGACGAGAAGAUUUUCCAGAGCACCGCGAAACGAGCCGUGGAGCUUGUGGAUGCGUAUGUUGCGCUGGGGCCGUUGGUUGAAAAACGGCGGAUGGCGGGGGUGACGCUGGUUGAAGGGGAGAGCGAGGAGGAGGCGGAGGUUGUGGAGGAGGAGGGAGAGGUUGUGUGUAAGGACUGGGCGUAUCAGGCGAAGAUGGUGUUGAAGACUUUGGUGGGGAGGACUAAGGCAAACUUUGAAGACACGCCCGCUCACGACUCUCUGAAGGAGAAAUUGCAGGAAGUCACCGAGCUCGGACGUGCAUGAUUCGCCGAAGGCUAUCUAUCACGCGCGAAAUAGUAGUUUUGGCUUCUUUCCGAGCAUGGCGGAACGGCAGGCCCUUUUGGCGUUGGCGUCUAGAGAACGCCAGACGUUUUGUUCAUUGGCAGUCUGCACGCCGUAGAAGUAUCUCAUGUAGUCCUAGGCGUAGAUAUUUAACGUUCAUCAUGUAAAUACACCACAAGCAUAUCGAAUCAUUCGA